UACGCAAGCGUCGUCCGCCAUUUUGAGACAGCUGUUAGGAAUCAAUGGAUGCUAGGUAGUGACGGUGUGUUCGUUCUGUGCUAAUUUAACAUAAAGUUAAUGAAUACUGCAACAAAAUUAUAAUUAGACCAAUCUGUGAUUAAAAAAAAAGUGAUAUGCACGUUAAGUGCUUAGUGAUUCUAUAAUCAACAUUAAGAUUUUUUGGCGGCUAAAUCAGGUAUACAUUGGUUUGACGUUUCGUAAGAUACACAGUGAUCAUUGUGACAGCAUCAGUUAUAAAAAGUAAUUUUUUUUGUCAACAUGUCUGAUAUUAUCCUGGGUAUUCAGAAUAGUCUUUUAUCUGGACAGUGCACGGACGACGUUUUGAGCAAACUAUCAGACAUCCACCUCGAAAAAUUGUUGGCAAGAUUAGCAAAUAUCCUAAGCAAAAUACAGAACGCCUCCAACGAGGAGCUGUGCAAAUACUGUAGCUGGUCUAAAGAGAAGUUAAAAUCUAAUGUUGUGUCUGAUAGCCCGAAAAAAAAAACUAUUUCGCCGAAAUACAAUCAGUUCCUACAAAGCGCAAUCAGAAUAUUUUCUCAAUUUUGUAUGCCACCGCCACCUACGCAAAUGAAUUAUAAGAGGAAGAGGAAAUGCGUAGCGGAAAUUCCAACGCCUCAUAACUUUAAUAAGGUUGCCUAUGUGAAGGUCUGCGAUAUAAUAUACCAGAAGAAAUACUUUAUGAAGGCCAUGAAUCUUGUUCCAUCUACUGUUGCAGUACCUGAGACUAAGUCUGAAAAUGCGCCACAAUUCAAUGAAACUUACAAAGCAACGAUACCCUUCUCAUCGGAAGUAGGACAAAAGUAUAUGAAGAUUGACAAGUAUCAGAUGACGGAUUAUUUGCACAAUCGCAAACGAAAAUAUACCGACGAAUUUUUGAAUCGAAACAUUUCAAAUACUUCACGAACGAAGGAAUAUGAAGUUACAUUUAACAAAGACAAAGAGUGCACUCAUAUGUACAAUUUCCCGAAACGGAAUAUGCGGCAUAACGAUAAAUAUUUAAACUGUUUAAUUGCUGCCAAUUGUAAACCGGUUAGUGUUUCACUGAUAAGGAUGGAUCUUAGCGGUUUCGGUAAAAAAUGUGUAGUAUCUGUUGAGAGAAUGGACAUUUCCAAAUAUUUAAAUAAAAAAUCGUAAUGUCAAAUACUGCAAUUCAAAUUCUUAUAUAUUUGGUUUUGUUUUUACAUAUAUAUUUUGUUAUGCAUAUUAAAAUGUA